AUAUGGAGGUACUUAUGGCGGAACGGGCCAAUCUGGUAUUUCACAAUAAAGUGAUAGAUGGAACUGCUAUUAAACGACUUAUUAGCCGAUUAAUAGAUCACUUCGGGAUGGCAUAUACAUCACACAUCCUAGAUCAAGUAAAGACUCUGGGUUUCCAGCAAGCAACUGCUACAUCCAUUUCAUUAGGAAUUGAUGAUCUUUUAACGAUACCUUCUAAGGGCUGGCUUGUCCAAGAUGCUGAACAACAAAGUUUGAUUUUGGAAAAACACCAUCAUUAUGGGAAUGUACAUGCGGUAGAAAAAUUACGCCAAUCUAUUGAGAUAUGGUAUGCUACAAGUGAAUAUUUGCGACAGGAAAUGAAUCCUAAUUUUAGGAUGACGGACCCUUUCAAUCCAGUCCAUAUGAUGUCUUUUUCGGGAGCUAGAGGAAAUGCAUCUCAAGUACAUCAAUUAGUAGGUAUGAGAGGAUUAAUGUCGGAUCCCCAAGGACAAAUGAUUGAUUUACCUAUUCAAAGCAAUUUACGCGAAGGACUGUCUUUAACAGAAUAUAUUAUUUCUUGCUAUGGAGCCCGUAAAGGAGUUGUAGAUACUGCGGUCCGCACAUCAGAUGCUGGAUAUCUUACGCGUCGACUUGUUGAAGUAGUUCAACAUAUUGUUGUACGUCGAACGGAUUGUGGCACUAUCCGAGGGAUUUCUGUGAGUCCUCGAAAUAAAAGUCGGAUGAUGUCAGAAAGAAUUUUUAUCCAAACAUUAAUUGGUCGUGUCUUAGCAGACGAUAUAUAUAUAGGUUCCCGAUGUGUCGCCUUUCGAAAUCAAGAUCUUGGGAUUGGACUUGUCAAUCGAUUCAUAACCUUUGGAACACAAUCAAUAUCUAUUCGAACUCCCUUUACUUGUCGGAGUACAUCUUGGAUCUGUCGAUUAUGUUAUGGCCGGAGUCCCACUCAUGGUGACCUAGUUGAAUUGGGGGAAGCUGUAGGUAUUAUUGCGGGUCAAUCUAUUGGCGAACCGGGGACUCAACUAACAUUAAGAACUUUUCAUACCGGUGGAGUAUUUACAGGAGGUACUGCCGAACAUGUACGAGCCCCUUAUAAUGGAAAAAUCAAAUUUAAUGAGGAUUUGGUUCAUCCUACACGUACACGUCACGGGCAUCCUGCCUUUCUAUGUUAUAUAGACUUGUCUGUAAUUAUUGAGAGCGAAGAUAUUAUACAUAGCGUGACUAUUCCACCAAAAAGUUUUCUUUUAGUUCAAAAUGAUCAAUAUGUGGAAUCAGAACAAGUGAUUGCUGAGAUUCGCGAGGGAACAUCCACUUUUCAUUUUAAAGAGAGGGUUAGAAAAUAUAUUUAUUCUGACUCCGAGGGCGAAAUGCAUUGGAGUACUGAUGUAUCCCAUGCACCCGAAUUUACAUAUAGUAAUGUCCAUCUUUUACCAAAAACAAGUCAUUUAUGGAUAUUAUCAGGAGGUUCUUGUGGAUCUAGUCUAAUUCUUUUUUCGAUCCACAAAGAUCAAGAUCAAAUGAACAUACCCUUUCUUUCCGUCGAAAGAAAAUCUAUUUCUAGCCUCUCAGUGAAUAAUGAUCAAGUGAGCAAAAAAUUUUCAGUUCAGAUUUUUCUGAUAAAAAAAAAUCUGGGAUUCCCAAUUAUUCAGAAUUGAAUGGAAUCGUAGGUACUAGUCAUUAUAAUUUCAUAUAUUCUGCUAUUUUUCAUGAGAAUUCGGAUUUAUUAGCAAAAAGGCGAAGAAAUAGAUUUCUCAUUCCAUUCCAAUCGAUUCAAGAGCAAGCGAAAGAGUUCAUACCACAUUCAGGUAUCUCGAUUGAAAUACCCAUAAAUGGUAUUUUCCGUAGAAACAGUAUUUUUGCUUUUUUUGAUGAUCCUAGAUACAGAAGAAAGAGUUCCGGAAUUCUUAAAUAUGGAACUCUAAAGGCGGACUCAAUCGUCCAAAAAGAGGAUAUGAUUGAGUAUCGAGGAGUCCAAAAAUUUAAGACAAAAUACGAAAUGAAAGUAGAUCGCUUUUUUUCAUUCCUGAGGAAGUGCAUAUUUUACCCGAAUCCUCCGCCAUAAUGGUACAGAACUAUAGUAUCAUUGGAGUCGAUACACGAAUCACUUUAAAUAUAAGAAGCCAAGUCGGCGGGUUGAUCCGAGUGGAGAGAAAAAAAAAAAGGAUUGAACUCAAAAUAUUUUCGGGGGAUAUCCAUUUUCCGGACAAGACAGAUAAGAUAUCCCGACAUAGUGGCAUCUUGAUACCGCCAGGAAGGGGAAAAACAAACUCUAAAGAAUCAAAAAAUUUAAAAAAUUGGAUUUAUGCCCAACGGAUCACACCAACCAAGAAAAAGUUUUUUGUUUUGGUGCGGCCCGUAGCUACCUAUGAGAUAAUGGACAGUAUAAAUUUAGCAACACUCUUCCCACAAGAUCUCUUUCGGGAAAAGGAUAAUAUUCAACUUCGAGUUUUCAACUAUAUCCUUUAUGGAAAUGGUAAACCAACUCGAGGAAUUUCUGACACAAGUAUUCAAUUGGUUCGCACUUGUUUAGUCUUGAAUUGGGACCAAGACAACAAAAAUUCUUCCCUCGAGCGAUCUCCGCUUUCGUUGUUGAAGUAAGUACAAAGGGUUUGAUUCGAGAUUUCAUAAGAAUUGGCUUAGUGAAAUCCCAUAUUUCGUAUAUAAGAAAAAGAAAUAAUCCGCCGGAUUCGGGAUUGAUCUCUGCAGAUUCCGUGAAUCCGUUUUAUUCGCUUUCUCCCAAGGCUGGCAUUCUUCAACAAUCGCUUAGACAAAAUCAUGGAACUAUUCGUAUGUUCAGAAAUAAGGAAUCCCAAUCUUUGUUAAUUUUAUCAUCCUCUAAUUGUUUUAGAAUCGGUCCAUUUAAUCAUGUAAAAUAUCACAAUGUUAUAAACCAAUCAAUAAAAAAAAAACCUCUAAUUACAAUUCAAAAUUCGUCGGGCCCCUUAGGAACAGCCAUUCAAAUUUCGAAUUUUUAUUCAUUUUUGCCUUUACUAACUUAUAAUCAGAUCUCUGUAAUUAAAUAUUUGCAACUUGAUAACUUCAAAUAUAUUUUUCAAAUAAUUCACUCUUAUUUAAUAGAUGAAAACGGAAGAAUUUUUAAUCUAGAUCCAUACAGUAACCUUGUUUUGAAUCCAUUCAAAUUGAAUUGGUAUUUUCUUCAUCAAAAUUAUAAUAAUUAUUAUUGUGAGGAAACGUCCACAAUAAUAAGUCUUGGACAAUUUUUUGUGAAAAUCUAUGUAUAGCCAAAAAAGAACCAUACCUAAAAUCGGGUCAAGUUUUAAUUGUUCAAAGGGAUUCUGUAGUAAUAAGAUCCGCUAAGCCCUAUUUGGCUACUCCGGGAGCAAAAGUUCACGGGCAUUAUAGAGAAAUUCUUUACGAAGGGGAUACAUUAGUUACAUUUAUAUAUGAAAAAUCGAGAUCCGGUGAUAUAACCCAAGGUCUUCCAAAAGUAGAACAGGUGUUAGAAGUCCGCUCGAUUGAUUCAAUAUCACUGAACUUAGAAAAGCGGAUUAAGGGUUGGAACAGGUGUAUAACAAGAAUUCUUGGAAUUCCUUGGGGAUUCUUGAUUGGUGCUGAGCUAACUAUAGUGCAAAGUCGUAUUUCUUUGGUUAAUAAGAUUCAAAAGGUUUAUCGAUCCCAGGGGGUGCAGAUUCAUAAUAGGCAUAUCGAAAUUAUUGUACGUCAAAUAACAUCAAAAGUUUUGGUUUCAGAAGAGGGAAUGUCUAAUUUUUUUACCUGGAGAAUUGAUUGGAUUGUUACGAGCAGAACGCACGGGGCGUGCUUUAGAAGAAGCAAUCUGUUAUCGAGCCGUUUUAUUAGGAAUAACUCGAGCAUCUUUGAAUACUCAAAGUUUUAUAUCCGAAGCAAGUUUUCAAGAAACUGCUAGAGUUUUAGCAAAAGCUGCUCUUCGGGGUCGUAUCGAUUGGUUGAAAGGCCUGAAAGAAAAUGUUGUUCUAGGGGGUGUGAUCCCCGCCGGGACCGGGUUCAACAAAGGAUUGGUGCAUUGUUCACGGCAACAUACCAAUAUUCUUUUUGAAAAAAAAACAAAGAAUUUAUCUUUAUUAGAGGGAGAUAUGAGAGAUAUUUUAUUUUAUCACAGGGAAUUUUGUGACUCUUCUAUUUACAAAUCUGCCUUUUCUAGAAUUGAAUAAUUCCUAAUAGCAGAUUCCUGUUUUGAAUUUCAUGUUUUAUUGUUUGCUGUAGUCAUUUGCUUUAAUAAUUUGUUAACACUAAUAAAGAUAAUAAUGAAUACAAAAUAAUGGCUCGGCUCGUGCAUAAACGGACAAGAGAAGGUUCCAUUGGAACAAAUUUUUAUUUUAGUUUUGGGUACCCCCCUUUUAAGUGUGAAAAGAAAUGACAAAAAGAUAUUGGAACAUCGAUUUGGAAGAGAUGAUGAGAGCAGGAGUUCAUUUUGGGCAUGGUACUAGGAAAUGGAAUCCUAGAAUGGCACCUUAUAUUUCUGCAAAGCGUAAAGGUAUUCAUAUUAUAAAUCUGACUAGAACUGCUCGUUUUUUAUCAGAAGCUUGUGAUUUAGUUUUUGAUGCAGCAAGUAGGGGAAAACAAUUCUUAAUUGUUGGGACAAAAAAUAAAGCAGCUGAUUUAGUGUCGCGGGCUGCAAUAAGGGCUCGGUGUCAUUAUGUUAAUAAAAAGUGGCUCGGCGGCAUGUUAACAAAUUGGUCUACUACAGAAAAAAGACUUCAUAAGUUUAGGGACUUGAGAACUGAACAAAAGACAGAGGGAUUCAACCGUCUUCCGAAAAGGGAUGCAGCUGUGUUGAAGAGACAAUUAUCUCGCUUGGAAACAUAUCUAGGCGGGAUUAAAUAUAUGACGGGAUUGCCUGAUAUUGUAAUCAUCAUCGAUCAGCAAGAAGAAUAUACGGCUCUUCGAGAAUGUAUAACUUUGGGAAUUCCAACCAUUUCUUUAAUCGAUACAAAUUGUAAUCCCGAUCUCGCGGAUAUUUCUAUUCCAGCAAAUGAUGACGCUAUAGCUUCAAUUCGAUUCAUUCUUAACAAAUUAGUAUUCGCAAUUUGUGAGGGUCGUUCUAGCUAUAUACAAAAUUCUUGAUUAAUAAUAAGAUAAAUAAAUCAAUUUUUUUUGAGGGAGGGGCUCCCUGUAUUUCGAUUUAUAAAAUCGGUUACUAUUCCUGAAUCAUACAAAAGAAAAAGAGAUAAAAAACUGGGUAUAUUGUGUGAUUCGUUUAGUUGGUAUCCAAAACUAAAAUAAAAAUUCAAGUAAAUAAGUAAAAAAAAAGGGGGGGUCUUGAAUCAAAAUAAUUUAAAGUUCUUAUUUCUGUCAGAGGGCAAUAUGAAUGUUUUAUCAUGUUCCAUCAAUACACUAAUAAAAGAAGGGUUAUAUGAGAUAUCUGGUGUAGAAGUAGGCCAACAUUUCUAUUGGCAAAUAGGGGGGUUCCAAGUCCAUGCGCAAGUCCUUAUUACUUCUUGGGUUGUAAUUGCUAUCUUAUUAGGUUCCGCAGCUCUAGCGGUUCGCAAUCCACAAACCAUUCCAACUGGCGGCCAAAACUUCUUUGAAUUUGUCCUUGAAUUCAUUCGAGAUGUGAGUCAAACCCAGAUUGGAGAAGAAUACGGUCCAUGGGUUCCCUUUAUUGGAACCCUGUUUUUAUUUAUUUUUGUUUCUAACUGGUCAGGAGCCCUUUUACCGUGGAAAAUUAUCCAGUUACCUCAAGGGGAGUUAGCAGCACCAACGAAUGAUAUAAAUACGACGGUUGCUUUAGCUUUACUCACAUCAGUAGCAUAUUUUUAUGCGGGUCUUAGCAAAAAAGGAUUAGGGUAUUUCAGUAAAUACAUUCAACCAACUCCAAUUCUUUUACCCAUUAACAUCUUAGAAGAUUUUACAAAACCCCUAUCACUGAGUUUUCGACUUUUCGGAAAUAUAUUAGCCGAUGAAUUAGUAGUUGUUGUUCUUGUUUCUUUAGUACCUUUAGUGGUUCCUAUACCUGUCAUGUUCCUUGGAUUAUUUACAAGCGGGAUUCAAGCUCAUUUUUGCCACUUUAGCUGCGGCUUAUAUAGGUGAAUCCAUGGAGGGUCAUCAUUAACUAUUUUUUUUUUUCAAAUUUAGGUUAGCCCAAUUAUCGAAUAGUUGGUUUACGUUAUGUAAGAAACACUUGUAUAUGUCAUAUUUGAUAUUGACUAGGUAUAUAUAAGUUAAAGAUCUAUAUAAUCUGCCCCACUAUUUUUGUGAAUUUCUAUUUAGAUAACGAUUCGAUUAUAAGUUCUUACUUUUUAUCUGUGAAUUGGCUGAAAAAAACGAUCAAAAAAAGAACGAAGAAUUAAAAGAAAAGAAUGGUUCACAAAAAAGAAACGGCAUAAAAAAGUCGUAUAUAUAUAUAUUAUGCAUUUUUCAAAAUCCCGUGGAUAGGAACUAAUAUCAAAGUAAUUCUUAUCAAGUUUUUGGUUAUUUUGGCUGGAUGAAUCUUAGCGAUGACUUAAUUAUAAUUAAGUCCUAAGUCGUUGGAUGAUUGUAUCAUUAACUAUUUCUUUAUUUUGGUGUGAGGAACUUAUCAUGAAUCCACUGGUUUCUGCUGCUUCGGUUAUUGCUGCUGGGUUGGCUGUUGGGCUUGCUUCUAUUGGACCUGGGGUUGGUCAAGGUACAGCUGCGGGUCAAGCUGUCGAAGGUAUCGCGAGACAACCUGAGGCAGAAGGAAAAAUACGAGGUACUUUAUUGCUUAGUUUGGCUUUUAUGGAAGCUUUAACAAUUUAUGGCCUAGUUGUAGCAUUAGCGCUUUUAUUUGCGAAUCCUUUUGUUUAAUCCUAGAAAUAAUAAAAUUAGGAAUUUUUUUUUCGUAGUUUUUUUUAUUCUAUCAAGAUUUCACUCCUACAAUUAUUCAUUGAGACAACAACCCUUGGGAAGGACUAAUUUGAGGAUGGGGAAUUAACACAUCGAUUCGCUUUCUUCCUUCCCCUUAUUCUUUUUAGUUUAAUGGAAAUUUUUUUUUAAGGAGUGUUGCGCAAAAAAGGAGGUUUAGGUUUUUUAAAAUUGAUAUAAAACUUGGUCUCAAAUUCUAGCUUAAUUUUAAUUAAGUCUCAUUAUUAUUAUUGAAAAUUAAAAAUUUUGGAAAAUAAAUUUGUAAAUAGAAUAGGUUUUUGAUUCUGUUUAUAAAUAUCCAAAUAGGUAAAUUAAAUUAUAAAUUAUUAAACGAAAUUUUCUUUUUAUUCAAAAAAACAAAGAAUAAAAAAAAAAAGGACAGAGUUCUUUUUUUUUAUAGUUUAGCUAGAAGAGGAGAUUAUAUGAAAAAUUUAACCGAUUCUUUCGUUUACUUGGGUCACUGGCCAUCCGCCGGGAGUUUCGGGUUUAAUACCGAUAUUUUAGCAACAAAUCCAAUAAAUCUAAGUGUAGUCUUCGGUGUAUUGAUCUUUUUUGGAAAGGGAGUGUUAAAUGAUUUAUUAGAUAACCGAAAGCAGAGGAUAUUAAAUACUAUUCGAAAUUCAGAAGAACUACGUGAAGGAGCUAUUCAACAAUUAGAAAACGCCCGAGCUCGCCUGCGUAAAGUAGAAAUGGAGGCGGAUCAGUUUCGCGUAAAUGGAUACUCUGAAAUCGAACGAGAAAAAGUAAAUUUGAUUAAUUCAACUUCUAGGACUUUGAAACAAUUAGAAAAUUACAAAAACGAAACCAUUCUUUUUGAGCAACAAAGAACAAUUAAUCAAGUCCGUGAACGGGUUUUCCAACAAGCUUUACAGGGAGCUAUAGGAACCCUAAAUAGUUGUUUGAGUAAUGAGUUACAUUUACGUACUAUUAAUGCAAAUAUUGGUAUGUUUGGUACGAUGAAAGAAAUUACUGAUUAGCUCUUUCCUUACGAUUAUGAUAGGCAUUAUUUUUUUUUUUCUUCCAAAAAAGAAUUAGGACAAUACUCAUGGUAACCAUUAAAGCCGAUGAAAUUAGUAAUAUUAUCCGUGAACGUAUUGAGCAAUAUAAUAGAGAAGUGACGAUUGUAAAUACCGGUACCGUACUUCAAGUGGGCGACGGCAUCGCUCGGAUUUAUGGUCUUGAUGAAGUAAUGGCAGGUGAAUUAGUAGAAUUUGAGGAGGGUACUAUAGGUAUUGCCCUUAAUUUAGAAUCAAAUAAUGUUGGUGUUGUAUUAAUGGGUGACGGUUUGAUGAUCCAAGAAGGAAGUUCAGUCAAAGCUACGGGAAAAAUUGCUCAGAUACCCGUGAGUGAGGCUUAUUUGGGGCGUGUUAUAAACGCCUUGGCUAACCCUAUUGAUGGUCGAGGUAAGAUUUCAGCUUCUGAAUCUCGGUUAAUUGAAUCUCCUGCCCCAGGUAUUAUUUCGAGACGUUCUGUAUAUGAGCCUCUUCAAACAGGACUUAUUGCUAUUGAUUCCAUGAUCCCUAUAGGACGCGGCCAGCGGGAAUUAAUUAUUGGUGACAGACAGACCGGUAAAACAGCAGUAGCCACAGAUACAAUUCUCAAUCAACAAGGUCAAAAUGUAAUAUGUGUUUAUGUGGCUAUUGGUCAAAAAGCUUCUUCCGUGGCUCAGGUAGUGACUAGUUUACAGGAACGAGGGGCAAUGGACUACACUAUUGUGGUAGCUGAAACGGCUGAUUCCCCAGCUACGUUACAAUACCUCGCGCCUUAUACAGGAGCCAAGCUACUCAGAAUCAAUUGGCAAGAGGUCAACGAUUGCGUGAGUUACUGAAACAAUCCCAAUCAGCCCCUCUCACAGUGGAAGAACAGAUAAUGACCAUUUAUACCGGAACAAAUGGUUAUCUGGAUGGAUUAGAAAUUGGACAAGUAAGAAAAUUUCUCGUUCAGCUACGCACUUAUUUAAAAACAAAUAAACCUGAGUUCCAAGAAAUAAUAGCCUCUACCAAGACAUUAACCGCUGAAGCAGAAAGCUUUUUGAAAGAAGGUAUUAAAGAGCAACUGGAACGUUUUCUACUUCAGGAGAAAUUAUAAAAAAUAGAAAUAUAUUUAAGUUAAGUCUAUAUAAUAUAUAUAAGUAUAGAACUAAUAUCUGUAUAUGUUUAAUAUAAAAUCUUAAAGCAUUCAGAAUUAUUUCUUAUUAUAUUUAUUUUUUAUAAAUUUUCUAAACAGAAUAAAAAUAUUCUUAUAAUAUAUAGAAAUGGAAAUAAUAGAUAAAUAUCAAUAUAUUUAUAUCUAUAUUGAUAUUGCGUCCAAUAGGAUUUGAACCUAUACCAAAGGUUUAGAAGACCUAUGUCCUAUCCAUUAGACAAUGGACGCUUUUCGCUUUUUUUAACUUCCCAUUUGUUAAAUGUGCGAAAUCUUUUUAGCAAUUGUGUAGUGAAUUCACUACACAAUUGCUAUUAGACAAUUCUAAUAGAGAAAAUUGUCUCUAAUAAAAAGGGGACAAUUUAGAAUUUAGAGCGGGUAGCGGGAAUCGAACCCGCAUCGUUAGCUUGGAAGGCUAAGGGUUUUAGUCGACGUCGAUCGAUCAGUUUUAUAUUUUUAACGUCUCUAAUUCAAAACCGAACAUGAAACUUUGGUUUCAUUCGGCUCCUUUAUGAUGGAUGGCGAAAUUCCCAAAUAAAAUAAGAUGGGAACUAAAUCAAAAUUUGACUCAUAACAUCUAUGUUAGCUUUUUUCCCGUUUGGAGGCUUUCCCAGAAAAAUUUUGCUUUAUAGAUGAUCCUUCUAGAAGAUAGAAAAGGCGAACUCAAAAAAUCUUUCUAGUUACUUCGUUCUUUAUUUCUAUUUAACGGAAUCCUUAGGAAAAGUAUUUUGUUUCCACCGAGCUAAAACAAUAUAAUAUGUCGAUGUCUUUAGUAAACCAAAGUUCUCGUUUAAUAGCUAUUUUGCUUCAAUUUUUUCUAUACCAAACAAAAAAUAGAACUGAAGAUUUAGUUACGAUUAGAAAGAAACUUUUCUGGCUUUAUCCAUGGAUCCUCUUGUUAUACUUAUUGAAUUGUAAAUAGUCAUCCAAUUCAAAAAUUAUGUUUCGAAAUUUCAUAAUCCAAAUUGACAAUUAAUUAGAGUCUUUGGAUACAAAUUACGAGAAUCUAUAAUCUUCCUUGAAUUUUUCAUUGAAAGGUAAAGGACUAAAUCCUUUU